AUGAAACCACCUUCACUGAACUUCAAUCUUCUAACCUUCAUUCUGGUAAAGCCUUCUUCUGUCCUUUUGCUCUAUCUUCCCCCAGAAGAUCCCUACAUCCAUACUACUGCAGUGCCAGCAUAG